AUGGGCCACAGUUUCAUUGUGAGACUCGGAGAACACGACCUGAAGAGCAAUGAUCACGAUACAUCCGAGGACUACAACGUGACGGAGGUCGUGAUUCACCCCGAGUGGGAAGCAGGGAAUUCUCGAAGCGCACAAAAAUACCACGACAUCGGCCUGAUUCGACUGGAUCGGGAAGUCCCCAUUAAAGGAUUCAUUCACCCGGCGUGUCUCCCGACAGAGGAAUAUAUUUCGCCUAGAAUACUUAACGUCACUGUCGCCGGAUGGGGAACCACGUCUUUCAGUUAA